AUUAUAUGUAUGUGUGAUGUGAACUUGCUUACCUGCCUGAGCAUUUUCCCUUAUGAGAACAGAAAGAGAGUAUAUGUGAACACACGGCGGGAACUCCGCCCCAAUCUGACGUUGUACAUAUCACCCUUUAGGGUCUCAUCCAGUCAUCCCAGGGUCUCAUCAGCCAUACUACAGAGGUGGGGAUCUCGUCUCAGCUGAAGCCUCACUGGGUAGUUUCGAUAGCCGGUCCCGGCAGGUAGCUCGCCGCACACGUUGCAGAGCUGUUUUUUUAAAAGCGGCUCGUCCGCAACCCCCCCCUACAGUUAACUGGUUCCUUCGGUCUUUUUCGGUUCUGACCUUUUUAUUUUAUUUUAUUUCUUUGCUUCAAUUUUUCUUAUUUUUAUUUACUUUUUAUUUUAAAUGGUCAAUCGGCACCCAACAUGAUAUUCGCCCUCAGGCUGGCUGGCAUCCUGGGUUGCGCGAUCACAGCAUGUGCUACUGAAGCCAGCAGUAGUAGCGAACCCCACGCCGGCCGAAAUGAAAUUAAUUCGAACGCUGAAGAUGGUGGUAUUGGAAAUUGGGGUCCGGCCGAUAUCUCGAUUGGUGUCGCAGGUAUAGAUCCUGAAGGAUGGACGCCGAAACCGACUGCGCCGCCGGGGGCCAAGCCUUACGAUCUCGAACUGCGGAGGAGGCAACGCACCACUGCUACCCCUACUACUACUAUAGCUACAACAGCUAUCACUACUUCAGCUUCAACUGAUACAUGCGGUUAUCCAUUAGAUAAUCUAAGUGAGCCCGUCGUCAGUUGUACAGGCAGUAAUUAUUGUUAUGCGAAUGCGCGAUAUGGCGCUGCAGGAUGUUGUAGUUCAGCAAACCGUCGCGAUUGUAUAGUACCGACGACAUGUAUCGAGUCACAACCAACGGCGACGAAUGCGAGGACUCUGGCGUGCACCGAUGCGACGGCUCCACGAUGCAUGACAUAUUUAUACGCAGCAAAUUUCGGCGAGUUUUUGGAUGGAUUUAGUUUUCUAGCAUGUGGGACGAGUGCAGGAUCAAGUUCAAUCGCGCCGCCUCAAUCAUCUGCGACGACAACGAGUGACAGCAGUACUACAUCUAGCGAUGCGACAUCAUCCGAUACAUCUACAGCAACAUCCGCAUCACCGAGCAGCACAUCUUCGACACCACCAAUUGUCGCAGCAAGUACUAGCUCAGGGAAUCGAACGGGAGCUAUCGUAGGAGGGGUAAUCGGUGGAGUAGCAGGAUUGGCGCUGAUCGCCGCCGCGAUCAUAUUAUGUCUACGCUACCGCAAGCGCAAAGCAGCACAAGCAAACGAAGUCGAAAAAUCGCCAGUCUACCCCGACCGAGACUUCGGCGUCGCCAGCGUGUAUCCCGGCGGCUUGCCCGAACCAGUAUACACAUCAGAUUUCUACGGCGAGCUACCGCCGUCGAUGCUCCAAUCGCAUUACAGUGUAGCGGGUUACCCGCCACCACAGACGAAUUACGAGCCCGUGGCUAUACCACCGGAUAUCCAGAGACAGAGACAGUCGCGAUAUACGAAUACGACGAAUAUGUUCUCACCGGUGUCGCCGAAGCCGAAUGAUGAUGAUAAUAUAGUAUCGCCGAUUUCACCCGGCGAUCAAUUGAAUCCUGCGGAUGAUCCCGCGUCGUAUACGUGGAUAUCGAAUCCGACACCACCGCCUCAGUCGGAAUACUCCCAAUUUAGUCCCCCGCCGCCCGCGCAUUUUAAUUCAUACCGGCCAUAUCCGGGGACAUAAGCAAUAUACAUAAGUUCACCAACAACGAAGAACAUUUUAACACUGUUAACAGAGCGAUGAAGCUCUUCUAUCAAUACCGAGGCAUUGGGAUGGGUCUGGGUGUAAUGGGGUCGGGUCAGGUCAGGGAGGUAUGGCAUGUAUAUAUUUGGGAUGGUUGAAGGCAUUUUUAUUCCCAGGUUCUGGCGUUCCGGUGGUCCGUGAACGCAUAUGAUACCUGUUGAUUUUUCUCAUAAGCAGAAAUCUACCUAGGCAAAGGAUACCUAGGAAACGAGAGGGGUGAGGUCUAAUAGGGACUCUCUUCAAUCAACAUCAGGCGGGGGUGGAAACUGAAUCUCAAAAAGUAGCUCUCUAAAGGAGUGUUCAUUUGUUAACGAAUUUACGAGUUAGGAGUCGAUGAGCCCCUCUCUGUGGUCUGUCUCUCUUUGUCUUGUUUCCUAGGUGGUUGAAAACAAGGCUGGAUCGAACUCGGGCAUUGUUCAUAUUAGAGUAUCUAGGUAGCUAGAGUCGAGACAGCCAAUUUUAUCGUAGCCUCUUUCGAGGGCAAACUGAAA